GCAAGUGCUUGCCUGAGAGCAGUGCUGGGCGCUCAGGGACUGGACAUAAACAAGCGCGCAAGUGCCGGGGUGGACGCGCUUGCCGCUGCCCUUUUGAAGACACUUUGCGAGAGCCGCUGCCCGGGCCUGAGGAGCUGGUGCUCGCCGCUGCGCGCGCCAGUGCGGGUGAAGUUGUGAGGCUCCGCGGGUGGGCGGAGACAGAACGCGGAGCCUCCGCGGAAGCGGCGGCACGAGGAGGAGGAGCCCGGGCAGGGGGCUGCGGCGGCUGCUGCAGCGGUGGCGGCAGGAAUCUCAUUCGUAGCUACUGUUACAUAACAAAAGGUGCGAUAUCACUUACAGACAACAGCCUUGCAGAGCCAACACAACUGAGAGUGGUAGCUGGAUUCUGUUCCUUCCUUCGCACCAUCAACAGAAUUGUUUGCCAAGGUAGUGGCAUGUGCUGGAGGGAUCUGCAGUGUGAUUGACAUUCCGUGGUGCUUCCUCUUUAUUUUCUUCGCACAGGAGAAGAGCAGGAGCCCUCAGAGCAAGGUUUGAAACCGAAAAUGCCUGGCCUGCAGCCAUGUGGUGGUGGUGCUCUGCUGGGCCCUCAGAUGCCUCUGUAAUCAGAUAAGAGCCAAGGGCUUUGCUUUCACCAUGUCAAAGAGGAUUAAUGAUGUCGUCUCUUUCCAUUGUGUUCCCCACCUGUCGUCUUGGUAGGAUCUAGCUACAGAAUGAACAUAGCAGCGGUGUUUAAUGCCCUGCUAGUGUCUGCCCUUGCAGCUGUGCUGUGGAAAUACAUCAAGCUGCGAGAGCACGUCUUUGUGGUUGAAGAAGAGCUGGUCCUCACUCGCCAGUCCCAGGAACUCUCUCAGGUCCAGAUUGACUACCAUGCGGCUCUUCAGGCCCUGGUGGAGGACGGUACCAGGAUGGUGUGCACAGGAAGGAUGCACACAGAUCGCAUCUGCCGCUUUGAGUCCCUCUGUUACUCCACUGAGGCAGAGGAAUUUGUCUUCUUUCACAGCAACGCGUCAGUUAUGCUUCCCAACCUUGGCUCCAGGAGAUUCCAGCCUGCCUUGCUUGAUCUCUCCUCGGUGGAGGACCACAACACCCAAUAUUUCAACUUUGUGGAACUGCCAGUUGCUGCAUUGAAAUUCAUGCCAAAGCCGGUCUUUGUGCCUGAUGUGGCGCUCAUCGCCAACCGAUUCAACCCGGACAACUUGAUGCACGUCUUCCACGACGACCUCCUCCCGAUCUUCUACACCAUGCAGCAGUUCCCAGACUUGGAUCUGGAGUCACGACUCUUCUUCAUGGAGGGGUGGAAUGAAGGCCUGCACUUCGAUCUCUACAAGUUACUGAGUAACAAACAGCCACUCCUCAGAGAGCAGCUUAAAACCUUGGGCAGGCUCCUUUGUUUUACCAAAUCUUACGUCGGGCUGUCCAAAAUCACCACAUGGUACCAAUAUGGAUUUGUUCAGCCACAAGGACCAAAGGCGAACAUCUUGGUUUCUGGCAAUGAGAUCAGGCAUUUCUCCAAGUUCAUGAUGGAGAAGCUGAAUGUCAGCUUGGAAGAAAGUGCCAGUGAGGAGUAUAUUGUAGUAUUCAGUCGAACAAUCAACAGACUAAUCCUAAAUGAGGCAGAACUAAUCUUGGCGCUUGCCCAGGAGUUUCAGAUGAAAACCAUUACAGUCUCCAUAGAGGACCAUUCGUUUUCUCACAUUGUACGUCUGAUCAGCAACGCAUCCAUGCUGGUCAGCAUGCACGGAGCCCAGUUAGUGAUGUCUCUCUUCCUGCCAAGAGGGGCCACUGUCGUGGAGCUCUUUCCUUAUGCGAUCAACCCCGAACACUACACCCCAUACAAAACACUGUCAGCGCUCCCUGGCAUGGAUCUCCAGUACAUUGCCUGGCAGAACACUGAUCAGGAAAACACUGUAACCUUUCCUGACAGGCCAUGGGACCAGGGAGGAAUUGCUCACUUAGACAAGGCAGAGCAAGAACGCAUAAUAAAGAGCAAGGAGGUUCCACGCCACCUCUGCUGUCGGAACCCGGAAUGGCUUUUCCGUGUCUACCAGGAUACAAGAGUUGACAUCCCUUCCCUUAUCCAGGUGAUCAGGCAAACUGUGAAAUUAAAGCCUGGACCCAAGAAGCAGAAGUGGACCAGUGGUCUGUACCCUGGCAAGGUUAGGGAUGCUAAGUGUCAAGCCUCUGUCCAAGGUACUAGUGAAGCGAAGCUCUCGGUGUCUUGGCAGAUCCCCUGGAACCUUAAGUAUCUGAAAGUCAGGGAAGUAAAAUAUGAAGUGUGGAUACAGGAGCAAGGUGAAAACACUUACAUGCCUUAUAUUUUGUCACACCAGAAUCACACCUUUUCAGAAAACAUUAAGCCAUUCACGAUAUAUCUGGUGUGGAUCCGCUGCAUCUUCAACAAAAAUCUCCUUGGACCUUUCGCAGAUGUGCUCUUGUGUAGUACGUAACCCUCUCUCUCUCUCUCGUGUGUCGAGUCCUUCUGUGCACCCCACCCCAUCAGUGGUUUUAAAAACCUGUUGUCCUGUAGUUUUCUUUAGAGGGCUGAAAAGGACCAGACCAUGCCAAUUCCUAAGUGCCCAUUUUAUUGCAUUUAAUGUGUGAAUUCUCUAGGUGGCAUUUAUUUCCAUUUGGUGUAAGAGUUUUCUGUUCCUGAACGUAACCUCCAGAAAUGAAAUUACAAGCUGAAUACCUGUAAUUUGAAAAGCAGAAUGGAAGUGAAUCGUGUGUAAUUUGCUAGUGAUUUGAAUCUUUGUCGUGGAGUGAGUAUUUAAGUGCAGCAUUAAACUACAAUUAUAUGGCUAGAUGGACAAUUGUCAUCAUCUUUCCCCAUUAUAACUUAUUUUUAAAAGCUGUAUCUGUAACUCAAGUACAGGAUUUGGUACAAGAGUAUUCAUUAAAUUAUUGUAAACCCCUUCAA